AACUGAGUUUGUGCCAAUUGGUUUUGCGGGAGCCAUCGGACUUCUUUGACACGGGCCGUUGCUAGGCAACGUGCCCGCAACAAGCGAGCAUGGAGAACAAGCAGACUGCAGGUUACCUGGUGUCGGAUGUUCACAAGAAGAUUAAAGCAGCUUUUGAAGCGUUUGACUACGAGUCUAACAACACAGUUGACGUCCGAGAGAUUGGCACCAUCAUCUAUUCUCUGGGCUGCUUCCCCACUCAGAAAGAUCUACACGACUUUAUAGCUGAGGUGGAGGAGGACCACUCAGGAUACAUCCAGUUAAACAGGUUCCUUCCAGCCAUGGCCAAGGUGCUUCUAGAGAACAGGUUUCCUCCCAUUGCUGAGGACCUGCUGCUGCAGGCAUUUGAGGUUCUGGACAAAGAAAAGAAAGGGCACCUGGAGCCUGAGGAGCUGAUGAGAUAUAUGACACAAGAAGGUGAGCCUUUCACUCAAGAGGAGAUGGAUGAGAUGUUGACGGCACUCGCUGAUCCCGAGACCAACUACAUCUAUUACAAAGACUUAAUCAGCCAGUUGACCAUUGACCCUAAUAUUUAGACAGACUCAAAGACUGGUGUUUCAUCGGAGAUCUGCACACGCUCAAAGCAAAGCUAGUAGCUCUGAUGUGUUGUAAUAAAAUGUAAAAGGCUGAGUGGUCACUCAGCUUAAUACUGUAACAUGAUCGUGUACGUCUAUGUCUAUGACUGUAUAUGCAGUGUCACAGGAUGUUUGGAGGAUGUGAAUCUACUCCAGAUUCUUGUGCCAGGACUAAAGAACUAAACAUUC